AUGAAAGAUGAUAGUUACAACAUGGACAAAAAGGCUUGUGAUUUAAAGAGUGAUAUUAAGCAAAAGCUGAUCCUUUCAGCCUUGCUUUUGUUUUUAACUGUGCUGCUUGUGAUCUUGUUUCUCUACCAAUACGUCGGCAAUGUAUAUUUUUCCUAUGGAGAAUCCAACAUUGAGCAAAAUUUCUGUCCACAUGGUUACUUCAAAUUAGGAACUAUGAAGAACUGCUCACCAUGGUUGUCUUGCCAGGCUAUAAAAAGAGAAGUCCGUAAACUGAAACAUGUUGGUGGAGGAGCUGUAAAAAGGAUCUUUCUUUCUGAGUGGAAAGAAAACAAAGUGGCACUUUCCCAGUUAACUGUGCCAGAGCUACAAGAAGACUUUAUUCAUGGGCUUCAGAUGCUAAAAAAGUUACAAAGCAAGCAUGUGGUCAAACUCCUUGGAUAUUGUGAAGAGGAGUUCAUGAUUCUUACGGAGUAUCACCCAUUUGGAUCCUUGAAAAAUGUAAAUGAGAUAUUGAACCUUCCAAAAUAUAAAAAAUAUAAUACAUGGCAUAACAGAUUUCUGCUUGCCAUAGGCUAUGUGAAUAUUAUCCACUUUUUACACAACAACCCCCUUGGCACUUUUGUUAUGUGUGACUCCAGUGAUCUGAAUAAAACACUAUCACAAUACUUACUGACUAGUAGCUUUCACGUGGUUGUGAAUGAUUUGGAUGCCUUGCCCCUCUUGAAUAGGAGGGCUGGUGAAUUGAUCAAAUGUGGCCAUCGGGAACUGGAAGGUGAAUGGGUUGCUCCUGAGCAGCUUUGGCCAUAUGGAAAAGAAGUACCUUUUGAAGACCAUCUCAUGCCUGCCUAUAAUGAAAUGAUAGACAUAUGGAAAAUCCCUGAUGUUUCUAACUUUCUCCUGGGAGAUGUUGAUGGGAGUGAUCUUGUCAGAUUUCACUUAUUCAAUAUACAUGAAACAUGUAAAAAGAAUGCAGCUGAAAGACCUUCUGCUCAGAUGGUACUGGACAUAUAUAACAAUGUUCUUGCCUCACUUGUGAAAGAAGCAACUCUGUCCAAUACAAGGGACAUGUUAUAAAAAGAUUAAUGGAAUGCUUUGACAGCACAACUAAUAUUGGGUAUGUUCAAUGUCCAGUGUUUGAUUUUUUUUUCAAUAUGAAAAGUAGCUGAGGAUAUUAAAAUAUAAGCAUAAAUGGAGAAAUUCUCAAAUAACUAAAUGUUUGUAAGAGCUUGUAUAGGAGCAAAAGCAUGUACUUGAAAAUUCAUAUUGUUUUCAUAUUUUAAUUUUAAAAUAAAAUUUCUGAAUCAUGGUAACACUAGUCUACUAAACACCAGUCAUUUGUUAGGGGCAAUUCUAGUGGUUCUUUAAUUUAUGAUUGAUAAUUGUGCAAUUCUUUUUCUUGAAUUUUUUUUUUAGAAUGUUCCCAGUUAACCUCAUUUCUGGUAAAUGAGGUUAUGGUAAAAUUCUGAUAAAUGAAUCCUGGUAAAAUUGCUCCUUGGAUUUUAAUUCCAUCAAGAUGUUAAUGUAAUCUUGAAUAAGUUGUGCUACGAUCAAUAUAUGAAGAACAAACACUUGAUUAUGUAAUUAUAACAAGUGCAGGAAUGUUAUGGUUUCAAAUAAAACUAUUAUGGCCUAAGGAAGCAUUGCUGCUCAGUUAAGCUAGUUCAAAUGAUAUGAAACAAACCACUGUACAAAUUCCAUGUUUCCUUGUAUUAUUAACAAAAGCAUCUAUAUUUCCUUAGGAAUACUAAUGUGAGAGGAUUUUAAUAUUUUGACAAAUGCACUUUUGGCAAAUAUUUCCUGUGUAUAAUGGUUUAAAUCCACUCCAAAAAAUCUUUUGAAACUCAAAAUUAACUUAAGUGGGAGAAAACAAUGCUGAUCGAAGCCAUUUUUCAGAUAUAACAAUGGAUAAACAUUUUUCCAAAGGAUGAAUGUUUUCAGCAGGAAGCCAUUUUUUGGGCUCAUUUGUGGUCAUAAGUUGAGGCCUGCCUGUAGUGCAAUUGGAAUUAAUAGAGAAAAUUUAUUUCAGCUAGGGAUGUUUGGAUUUUAUGAGAUAGAGUGCAAAUGUAUUGUUCAGGAAAAGAUUUAUUAACCAAUAGGUCUCUUGAUUCACCAAUAUUUCUUUCCAUAGUUUUACUUCUGCUACAGCAGACAUGUCAAACUCAAGGCCCACAGGCCAGAUCCUAGUUUGGGAUGGCUAGUUUCGAAUUGUGAUAGUAGCAGAGCAGUGGUGGGUUUCACUUACCUUUGCUACUGCUUCACUCAUGUGAACGCCAUUUCUGUGCAUGCACAAAGUGAAUUUGAUGACGUUCAGGCGGCCCACUGCUGCUACCGGUUCGCCCACACCAGGGCUAACUGGUAGCAACGCACCACUAUAUCAGAGUCCCAUUAAGAUUUCCUUCCUUUUUACAUGCUAACAUUGCUAUUUCAAUCAAUCUCUGAAUGAGAGAGAUACAAAAAUACCACAAGUUUAUUUUGCUUCUCAACAAACAUAAAGAAUUAUGUGAUAAUGGCUAGAAUGAUUAGGAAAUUGAAAACUAACCAUACAAGAAGGAAUACUGGUGUGCGUAUGCUUAAAGUAUUUAUCCAGUUCUGAAGGGGUUAUCAGAGAGGUUCCUGAUCCAGUGUUGCUUCUAAAAACUUGAACAAUUUCUGUGAGGAAAAAUAAACAUUUUUAUCGGCUUUGGCUAAUAAGCUAGUUGUCACUUUUCCUACAGGUGACAACCCGUCUACCCUUCAUCCUGCUGUAGUCAUCUGUCAAAGUGUAUUGUUUUCAGAGGCUUGAAAUUUUAGUGGGCCAAAUAAUGCUGCAAGAUUUUUGGAGAUUGAGCAAUUUUCCAUGAUACUUAAGCAAUUUAUUAGCUGCAUAGGAUGUUUCUGGGCUCAAUAUCUAAUGCUAUUUUGACUUGGGAGUAACAUUUUAGAAAGAGUUUAUACUCUCACAUCUUUCAGUUUGAACCAUGAAAGCUUUUCUAAAGGUUGCUUUAUUUUUUUUGCUCCUGAUAAGUGAGGAAAAUAACAAUGUUUUCACUGAAAAAAGAGAAUAGUCUUAUAUGGCUAAUUUUGUUAUUUUGUCUUUGAGUGGAUUUUGUUUAUUCCCCACUCUUUUUAAUAUCCGUUACAUUUUUAUUUUUUACUGUAAAUGUUGUAGAUUCUUAGUCAAACUGUGAGUCUUAUUUCACUCCAUGCUAUUUUUUAUGUUACAGUUUAUAGUCAUAUUUAUAGUUACAGAUAUGAUAUAAACAGAUAUGAUAAUGCCAGCUCAGGGAGAGGACUCAGCUGCAAUCCAGAUGAGCUGAGGAACUGUGGGGAGCCUCCCAUGUGUUGCACCCCACUCAGCCUUCACCCGUGCUCCUUGCUGCCAGCAUCUCCCAAAGCCGCCACUGUUGGAGCUGCGACAGGGACAGGGACAGCCAGUAAACUGGGUGCCCAAAAACAAUGCAGAGGCAUGGGCGAAGGCUGGGAUGGGGGGGGUGCAACACGCAGGAGACUCCCCACAGUUCCUUGGCUCGUCUGGGUUGCAGCUGAGCCAGCGGAGGCUGUGCAGGGCAGGGUGAGAUGGGAGCGCGCUAACCUUGCCCUCCCCAAGUGCUGGACUCUGCCGUUGCCAUUGCCCCCGGCCUGCCGGCUCCGGCUGCAACCACGGGGAAGACCCAUCAGACGCGAGAAGGGGUGCUUUUCGGCCAGGAAGGGCAAUGGAGGGAAAGCUGAGAUGACCACUUCCGCCCCACUGUGUCCCGCCCUGGAUAUGGGGCCAGAGUGUCAAAAAAAAAGUGUCCAAAAGUCCCAAAAUUUUUUGCCACCAUUUCGGUGGGUGUGGCUUGGUGGGGUCAUGUGACUGAGUGCAUGAGUGACAUCAAGUUGGCCAUGCCCACUCAUUCAUCUCCCCCCAACCCACAAAAUUUUAGAAUCCACCACUGGGCAGUAGUGCAACCCACCAACUCUUGGUCAGUGCACUCGGGGGCUGUGCAGCCCAGGGGUGGGUUCCAAUUUUUUUUACUACCGGCUCUGUGGGCAUGGCUUAUUUUGUGAGUGUGGCUUCCUGGUCAUGUGACUGGUGGGUGUAGCUCACUGGUCAUGUGACUGGGUCAUGUGACUGGUGGGUGUAGCUCAUUGGUCAUGUGACUGGGUGGGCAUGGCCAAGUCAAGGUGUAUAUGAGAAAAUUCAAAAAUAAAAGUAUGUAGAUAUAUAGGUUAGAAAUGAUAUAACUGGAGAUUCAAUUUUGCUUAAGUAGGGAGGUUGGACUGGAUGACCUGCAAGGUCCCUUCCAGCUCUGCUAUUCUGUUAAAUUUGUUAUACAUUAUUCUGCUUUAAAAUAGUGGAGAAGAGACAUGCUGAAAAUUUAAGUGUUGUGUUAGAAUAAAUCUUCUUUGUUUGAGGCCAGUUAGAAAGAGGCCCAGCUAUGACGACAUCCCUUAAUGCCAAGGCAGUAGAGAUAAGGAAGAGCCAUGCUUGCAAAAUAUUUUAUGGAUAGAAAAAGGGAGCUAUUGGUAAUAAUAGGGAGGUGUUGAAGAACACGAAAUUAGAGAAAGAGAUGGUAUUGUCUCUGAAGGUGCCCUGGAUUAGCUGUAAUCGGUCACUGGAUCCAGUGUAGGAAGGGCAUUGGGGGCGUCAUGAUAGGGAACUAUAAAAUGUGGUGCUUUUGAAAUUUCAGGUGUGGCUUACUGGCUCUUGUUGAGAUCUGCUGGGAUAUAU